AUGAGCACGGGUGGGUGUGCGGGUGUGGGCGCAGGGACACCCGGCGGGACGCUCCGGGCCCUGCUCCGCCCCCGCUGGCCCGCAAGGGGGCGCGCGCUCGCCUCAGCCGCGCUCAGCGCCCGCCCCGCCGGGCCUGGGGAUCCGGGGCCGCCGCGGGGCUCCGGUCGCUCUCCUCAGGCGGGGAUGGCGGCGGAGGACGAGGCGGAGCUGAGCCUGCUGGAGUGCCGGGUGUGCUUCGAGCCGUACGGCCCCGACGGGCAGCGGCGGCCGCUCAACCUGCCCUGCGGGCACGUCCUCUGCCGGGGCUGCGUGGGGGCCCUGGCCGGCGCCGAGCGCCAGAGGCUGGAGUGUCCCUUCUGCCGGCGGCUCUGCGGGCCCGCCGACACCAGCGAGUGCCGCCCGCUGCUGCAGCUGCUGGAGCUCCUGGGCCCCGCCGGCGGCGGCCUCGCCUCGGCCCUGGGCAGGAGCGGCGGCGCGGCGGCGGCGGCGCCCCCCUCGGGGCUCGGGCUGCGGCUGUGCCUGGGGGGCUGGGGGUCGCUGGUGAACCCCACCGGAGUGGCGGCCUGCCCCGGGUCCGGCCGCCUGGCCGUGGCACACGACGGCAAGAAGAGGAUCCACGUCUUCGGGCCGAGCGGGUUCUGCCUGCGGCGGUUCGGGGAGCGGGGGGACGCGAACAACGACAUCAAGUACGCGCUCGAUGUGACGGUCACGUCGGACGGACACGUGGUGGUCACCGACGGCGGGGACUGCUCCGUGAAAGCCUUCGAUUCUGAGGGAAGGGGGGUCCUGGCCGUGCGGGAAGGCUUCUGUUUGCCCUGGGGCUUGGAUGCCGCCGCCAAGAGCGAAGUGAUCCUGACCGACUCGGAGGCUGGCGCGCUGUACCGCUUGGCGGCCGACUUCCAAAGGGGGGAAUUAAAGAAGUGCCAGAUGAUCCGUUCCCGGCUUGUCAGCCCCAGAGCUGUCGCUGUCUGCCAGAGCUCGGGAGCUGUCGUGGUAGUAGAGCACCUGAAAGCCCGAGGUCCGAGCAAGGGCAGCACCCGAGUGACGAUACUCAGUGCGGAGAUGGAUCUCAUCGGCCAGGUGGACAGCUUCGGUCUGAACCUCGUUUUCCCCUCCAGAAUAUACGCUACGGCUGUGGCCUUUGACAGAGAAGGUCGUGUUAUAGUAACAGAUGUUUGUAGCCGGGCUGUCAUAUGCUUAGGGAAACCUGAGGAAUUUCCUAGCUUUAACCCUCUAAUUAGCCACGGGCUUUCUUACCCUGUCGGACUGACUUACACGGCAAACAAUUCCCUCGUCGUUUUAGACAGCGGUGAUCAUUCAGUGAAAGUAUAUAGCUCUACCUGAGUGGGCUCAGAUGCUUCCUGCUGCAGGCUCAAGCUGCUUCUGGCCAUAAAGCAUGCGGAGUUCUGGAGUUUGUAGGAGUGGAGGGAGGAGGCGGUUGUGGGGCUCUGAGUGUGAAAUCACCCUCCGACCAACACGCCGUGCUUCAUGCGAAACUUGUGUCACGUCUCUUGCCUACCUGUGGGAGAGGACCUGGCUGUUGCUGCCUGUAGCCAACAACAAAUCAACCAAACAAAUCACUUAGCAUUUUAAAACUAUUCUAUGCCUUGACAACCAAGUGGUUUUGGUUCUUUUUGACACGUAAUCAAAGACCAGCAAGUGUGAAAGUAAUGCAUCAUUUAUUUACAUUUCCCAGCACAUAGUUACCACUAUGCUUAAUUAAGUAUAGAUACACUCCUGACAGAACUGUUUCCAGGAAUUGUGCACAAGGAAGGAGAUUGCCUUGACAGAAUGAUAGGAGAAAUGGAAGCCUCCAUUCAAGGUUGCAUAAAUCCAGCUAAAAUCAUUGUGAUGGAGGAGCUACCACUGAUGAGUGAGUUAUGAGAAGUGAAAUCAUGUUCAAAGUCUAUUUUUUCCAGGAAAAUGCAUUUCUGGGGCACUCUUUUCUCUGCUAGUUUAUUCCCACCUUUAUUAAGGUUCUACUGGAGCACUUUGUCUUCCUCUAAAAUGCCCAAGUCUGUGUCUUUACCUGGAGAUAAUAUGGUGUGUGGUUACACAGCGUGGGCUGCUUUGCCUAAAAGCCUCUUGAAAUAUUCACAUUUAGACCACAAGUAAGUUUGAGUUGGCUCUGCUGCUAACACAGCUACAUGUAGGAGGUUUUCAGCACUACCUGCCCCUGUUUUGCCAUUAAUAUGGUGCUUUUGCACUCCCAAACCCCAGGAUUCAAAUGCAAAUUGAAACGUUAGUGAGAGGUAAGCCUCUUUUUUUUUUUUUUUCU